AUGUCGUCAACUCGGAUAUCAGAGAAUGGUGCCGAUGAGGAGGAUGACUUCAAGAGUUUGGGCUUACCGGCGGAUCUGGAGGCCAAGACAUAUGCCAAGUUCGAUAGUAUGGUUAAUGAACGGCGCAUAUUCUAUGAAGUUACGAAGACUGAGAUCUAUUCGCAUAAUGGGUUUCUGUUCGAAUUCCGAAUCACCCCCAUCCUAUCCGACAAACCAGUCCUACCACCCAACGACCCCGGCCGUAUCAAAUCCAGCGGACCCUUCAUCAACCCCAACCCAGACGAAGUAAUCACCAACAUCGGCGCAUCCCAUCGUCUCCUAGUAAAUAAAUACUGCAUCUACAGACCCAUGCUGGUCCUACCCACGCGCGAGUUCGCCUUACAAGAAGACGACCUGACCGCCACAGACCUCACUGCCGUAUGGGCCGUGAUGAAAUCAUUCUCUACGACCCGUCUCCUGAUGAUCUAUAACUGCGGUGUGAAUUCCGGCUCGUCUCAGGGCCAUAAGCACAUGCAGCUGUUUGCAGAGCCGGAGUUUGAAAUCUGGCCUGCGAGAGCGUCGGCGUCUGCUAGGGAUGAAGUGGAGAGUAGGAUUUCCGGCGUGUCGUUUAAGCAUUUCGUGUUAAGGAUUCCGGAACAUGCCACGGCGAGGGAUGUUGUGAGGAUCCAUGACCGGCUUCUGGCGCUGACGAAGGAUGUGUUGGUGAGGAUUGGGGAUGUGGAUGGUGAUUAUAAUGUCGCUAUGACGGAGGAGUGGAUGGUGCUUAUUCCGCGCAGGACGUUUGGUCCUGGUGGACCGAAUGGGUCGAAUGCGGCGGGGAUGUUGGGGCUUGUGGCGAUUAAGGAUGAAGAGGAGAGGAGGAGAUGGGCCGAGUUGGGGUAUACGGAUUAUUUGGCUUAUUUGGGUGUUCCUAUUGAUGCGUAG